AUGGAGACCAUUCUACCUCACGAGCACAGCAUUCAUGGCCAUCAUCAUAGCCAAUUGACACCCGAGAAGUUGGCCCUUAUCAAGUUGACAACAAAUGAGCUGAAUGGAGACACAAUGUCCGACGCAGGCACUGUCAAUGUUCGUCGGGCUUCUCGACUUUCUCGUGUGGGGAGCACUCGUUCCACAAGACGCCAAAGCUCGUUGCUGCGCACUUCAUCACGCAUGGAAGCAUCAUCUUAUGCUAAGAUGUCAUCGGAGCUCACCUCUCAAGCUGAGACCAAGUUCAUGGUCCUGGUCGAUGUGAUUGCUAAUGCUUCAAAGGAAGCUAGUAGCCUCAAGGCCAUCUGGGAAAAAAUGAAACAUGAGCGAGAAGUAUACCUUGAAGAGCGGGAAGACUUGCUUGCUCAGACUGCUGAUCUGACCGCCGAGUUGACAACUUGGGAAGAGGAAAGAUCUCGUCAUGGUUCCGAGGCCAUCGACAGGAAGAAACAAGUCGAAAAACUUCUUGCUGAGCUCUCCACAGCUCUCGCCAAUAUCACCACUGAAAAAGAGCGAGUUGCAGAACGUGACUCUCAGCUUAGAAAAGUCAACCUUGAACUUCGUGAGUUGAGAGAUUCGACUACCCGUCACACCUCGCAGUACGACCGUACUCGUCAAGAGCUCAACACUCUCAUCGCUCGCCUCAAACAGACUGAGCUUGAGCGCGACACCGCCGUUCAAGAGUCUGAGAGGUAUCAUCGUGAGCUCACCAAGGCCAACCGUGAGCGCAGCGAAGUGACAACCAAACUCUCGGAUGUCACUUCUAGCUUCGAGACAGCUCAGCAUGAUGCUCACUCUUUGACAGUUCGCAUCAAGGCUGUCGAAAUGGAACAGGAAGAAAGCCUCCAAACCAUUACGCAAUUGAAAGAAGAGCUCAGACGUGCCAAACAACAAAGCGUUGACGACUCCAAGGAAACCAUUGAAGCUAUCGAAAAAUAUGAAAAGGCCAACCGAGAGAUCACGAAGACGAAGGAUUUCCUUGGUCUCGUCGAAGCAGAACGUGACGAGCACGUGCAGACCAUUGAAGGCCUGCGCCGCCAAAUCAAGACUCACACGUCUGAUCACCAUGAGUUGUCCACCCAGCUCAGCAGCGUCACCCAGAGAUUCGAAGCCACCAGGCGUGAGCUUGUCAGUACCCAGGAAAGUCUUCGUACUCUUGAGGUGGGACGUCUCAAGGAUGUGGAGAACCUCCAGCUUGCUCGCGAAUCUCUUCACACUGCCGUCCGCGAGCGCGAUGAACUCGGCGACGAGCUGAGUGGUCUCAAGAGACGCUUCGAAGAGCACAAGCAACAAGUCACGAUUGGCAAUGAGAACUUGAGCAGAAGCGAGGAGAAGAUCACCGAGCUUCAAGUCGAGCUCAGAUCCUUGGGCGAACAAGUGCAGCUCGCCCACCACGAGCGCGAUGAAGCCGAAGGCAAGAGCGCCCGAGGGCUGACGGAAAUCACUCGUCUCCGUGAACGCAUCUCCGCUCUCGAGCAUGAAAAGCUGAGCAUCGUCGAAGCUCGCAGCAAGCUCAGUGCCGAGCUUGAUCAUCUGCGUAGUGAGUACAGUGAAGUCACCGAGACCGUCACGUCCUUCCGCGAUGACGCAGAUGACAUGGAGCAAGAGAUCGAAAGCCUGCGAGCACUUCUCCACGAGACCCGCGAGCAGCGUGAGCGGGCCAUCCAUGCCCGUGAGUCCGCCGACAAGGAGCGUGACGAGUACAUCCGCAAAUACGAGGAAAAGUGUGUCGAGAUUGAGAGGUUCAAGGAGAGCAGUUUCAGCCGUGCCAACAGCUACUCACACUCGCACCACCGUGCUUCCCGCGGGGCCGGGGAGCUUCGGACGUCGCGAACCGUCAUUACCAGGUCCGGCAACCACUCACACCUAGACCAAGAGUCCAGACAUGACGCCAACAACCUGAAUUCCUCUGGUGCCGUGGAAAACAAUGGGUUCCAUGAAGGCGCAGCUGAAACCCCAGUGGCAGCUUGACUGGAGUCUUGCAGCCGGACAUAAUUCCGGGAACUAGCUGCAGGGAAAUUUUUUUGGAUAAAUGGAGGAUAGCAAGUAUAGUUUUGUGGUUCUUUGCUUGAUUGAGACGGGUAAUGGUUGUUGGUACUCAUACCAUUGUUUGUUUGGAACCAUGAAAACCGGGAAAGGUAGUGAUCUGUUUGAAGAGUUUGGUUAGGGCCUCUCUGACAGUGUCUAUGUU